CCGUCGUGAGAGAGGGUUUUGGGGGUGCUAAGGGGCUCCGGGCUGGGCGGGAGGUUUUUGGGGUCACCCAGUUUUUCGGGGGUUACCCCAUGGUGUCCCCAGCUCCCCGGGUGACAUCGAUGGUACCUCUGGUUUCACUGGGGGUCACCCCAUGUUCUGCCUGGUUUUUCUGGGCCCUCUGUUCCCCCCCCGGUGGUUCCAGUUGUCCUGGGGGGGUCCUGCCUCGGUCCCCCCGGUUUUCCCGGGGGCCGCCCCAGCUUUGCCGGGAUGGUGGCACUGCGGGAGCGGGGGGCGCUCAGCUGUGCCCCGUCCCCUCUCGGGGCUGACCCCCGUCCCCACGGCCCCCAGGAUGCGGCUGCUGGGGCUGCCCUGGGCGCUGGCCCUGCUGGUCACCGCGGCCUCCUCGGGCCCCUCCACGGAGCCGCCGGACCCCGCGUCCAUCUUCGCCGACCUGUCCCCGGCGGAGCUGCGGGCCGUGCGGGCCUUCCUGAUGGCGCGGCCGGAGCUGGGGCUGUCCCCGAGCCGGGGGGGACCCCUGGCCAAGAACUCGCUGUUCCUGGCGGAGCUGCUGCCGCCCGAGAAGCGCUCGGCGCUGCGGUUCCUGGAGCGCGGCGGGGCGCGGCCGCGGCGCGAGGCUCGUGUCGUGCUCUUCUUCGGGGCGCAGGCGGAGCCCAACGUCACCGAGCUGGCCGUGGGGCCCCUGCCGCGCCCCCGCUCCUACCGGGCCCUGCCGCUGGCGGGCGGCCGGGCCGUGCCGUUCUGGGCGCGGCCGAUGACCCGGCGGGAGUACGAGCUGCUGCACGAGGCGCUGGCGGCCGCGCUGGCCCCGCUGGAGCCGCUGCUGCGCGAAGCCACCGGCGGCUUCGGCUUCCAGAACUGCUCCGGCCGCUGCCUCACCUUCUCCGACGUGGCCCCGCGCGGGCUGGGCCCCGGCGAGCGCCGCAGCUGGCUGGUGAUCCAGCGCUUCGUGGAGGGCUUCUUCCUGCACCCCGCGGGGCUGGAGGUGCUGCUGGAGCACCGCGACCCCGACCCGCGGCGCUGGGCCGUGCGGCGCCUCUGGUACAACGGGCGCUACUUCGGCAGCGUGCGGGAGCUGGCCGAGAGCCACGCGCGGGGGGCGCUGCCCCUGGCCCGCCUGCCCGAGCCCCCCGCCCGCCGCCUCUUCUCCAGCUACGAGCCCCGCGGCCGCUUCCCCGGCGGGGGCCGCGCCGAGGCGCACGGAGCCAAGGUGUGCGAGCCGCGGGGCCGCCGCUACCGCCUGCGCGGCAACCGGCUGGAGUACGGCGGCUGGAGCCUGGCGUUCCGGCUGCGCUCCUCCGCCGGCCUGCAGCUCUUCGACGUGCGCUUCGGCGGCCAGCGGCUCGCCUACGAGCUGAGCGUGCAGGAGGCCAUCGCCUUCUACGGCGGCCACUCGCCCGCCGCCAUGCAGACCAAGUACAUGGACGCGGGCUGGGCCAUGGGCGCCUCCAGCUACGAGCUGGCGAGCGGCGUGGACUGCCCCGAGACCGCCGCCUUCCUGGACGCCCACCACCUCCUGGACGCCGACGGGCCCGUGCGCUUCCCCCGCGCCCUCUGCGUCUUCGAGCUGCCCACGGGCGUUCCCCUGCGCCGCCACUUCGACAGCGACUUCCAGGGCGGCUUCCACUUCUACGCGGGGCUGGAGGGACGGGCGCUGGUGCUCAGGACCACCUCCACCGUCUACAACUACGACUACAUCUGGGACUUCCUGCUCUACCCCAACGGCGUCCUGGAGACCAAGGUCCACGCCACCGGCUACAUCCACGCCACCUUCUACACGCCCGAGGGCCGGCGCUACGGCAGCCGCGUGCACAGCCACCUCCUGGGCAACGUCCACACCCACCUGGUGCACUACAAGGUGGACCUGGAUGUGGCAGGCUCCGGGAACAGCUUCGAGACGAUGGACAUUCGCUUCGAGAACAUCUCCAACCCCUGGAGCGCGGGGGCGCGCGUGGUGCAGCCGCGGCUGCACCGGGAGCCGCGGCGGCGGGAGCGGGAGGCCGCGCUGCCGCUGGACCGGCCCGUGCCCCGGUACCUGCUCUUCUCCAACCCGCGGCGGCGGAACCGCUGGGGCCACCGCCGCACCCUCCGCCUGCAGCUCAGCUCCCACGCGGGGCCCGUGCUGCCCCGCGGCUGCCGCGAGGAGCGCGGCGUCACCUGGGCCAGGUACCACCUGGCCGUGACACGGCGCCACGAGAACGAGCCAAGCAGCAGCAGCAUCUACAGCCAGAACAACCCCUGGGACCCCCCGGUCACCUUCGAGAGCUUCAUCCGCGACAACGAGACCAUCGAGGACCAGGACCUGGUGGCCUGGGUGACCGUGGGCUUCCUGCACGUGCCCCACGCCGAGGACAUCCCCAACACGGCCACCCCCGGCAACGCCGUCGGCUUCUUCCUGCGCCCCUUCAACUUCUUCAACGAGGACCCGUCGGUGGCGUCGCGGGCGCCGGUGAUCGUGCGGCCCCUGGACCCGCCGGCCUGCUCCCGCCUGCAGAUCCGCCGCUGGGCCCCGGCCAGCCCCGGGCCCUGCGUGCCCCCCGAGCCCUUCUCCUACAACGGCACCUACCGCCCGGUGUGACGGGGACGCGGGGACACCGAGCCGGGGCUGCGCUGGCACCGCCCGGUGUGACGGGGACGCGGGGACACCGAGCCGGGGCUGCGCUGGCACCGCCCGGUGUGACGGGGACGCGGGGACACCGAGCCGGGGCUGCGCUGGCACCGCCCGGUGUGACGGGGACGCGGGGACACCGAGCCGGGGCUGCGCUGGCACCUCCGGGCCCAGCGCCACGGGACACUGCUGCCAGGUCACACGUGUCACACGCUGCCACACGCCAGGCCCAGGUGCUGUCGCCUCCUCUGACCCUGGCCCCAGCGCCACGUGGGACCCAGUGACACCGCGGUGUGGGACGUGUCACACCGUGCCACCUGCCAGGCUCAGUAAAGGCGAUGCCAACCCUUCCACCACCACGCGGGUCACUGGUGCCACCAGGCCCUGGGCUAUGGGACACUACACGGUGUCACACGGUGCCAUAUGCCGGUAAAGGCAACGUCACCUCUGCUGGCACUGGCACCACGAGGACGCCGGUGCCACCAGGACACCAUGGCACGGCUCAGCCCCAUUGUGACACAUGGCACCGCCUGUCGGGCUCAGUGAAGGUGAUGCCACCGCACGGGACCCCAGUGCCACAGGGGCACCACGGUGUGGGACGUGUCACAUGUGCUGGGCUCAGUAAAGGUGACGCCACCUC